AUGGCGGACCCGGAUCAGACAGAACGUAACUCCGGAACAUCAUCGCCGACUGGGAUCUCAACCAACAGCUCAGCAUCGGAUUCGAGCGCCGACAACCAGUUCAGUGCCAUUACCACGCCCGGUCCCGGAGACGUGGCAGAGGAAGAAGGCUUGGGACCGGGGCCGGGGCCGUCGCAGCCACACCAGACCCAGAACCAGAACGAGAGGCCAGUCAAAGCCAUCAUCAUCGGAGCCGGAAUCGGCGGGAUUGCGACGGCAGUGCUGCUCUCGCACAAAGUCAACAACCUGACAUACACAGUAUACGACAAGAACGAGCGGGUGGGCGGGACGUGGGCGGAAAACCGGUAUCCCGGAGUACGAUGCGACAUCCCAUCGCACGUAUACCAGCUGACGUUUGCGCCGAACCCGGACUGGAGCGAGUAUUACUCGCAAGGCAGCGAGAUCCAGCAGUACUACGAGCGCGUGGUGGGCGAGUACGGGGUGCAGGCGAACCUGCGGCUGGGGCAUGAAGUGGUGUCGGCGCGCUGGGUGGCGUCGGCUGCGCAGUGGGAGGUGGAAGUCAAGGAUCUCAGCACGGACACUUUGAUCACGGACCGGGCCGACUUUCUCAUCUCCGCUCCCGGGAGAGUCAACCAGCCUCACUACCCGGACAUCGCAGGCCUGCAGGACUUCCAGGGACAGGUGGUCCACACGGCCAGAUGGCCGCGGGACGGCAGCGUCGAGCUGGACGGCCGGCGGGUCGCGGUGAUUGGAAACGGGGCAUCGGGCCAGCAGAUCCUGCCGAACAUUGUGUCGCGGGUUGGGCAUAUCGACCACUAUGUGCGGUCCAAGACAUACGUGAGCCCGACGCUGCGCCAGGGUCUGCUGGAGGCCUCGACCGACAUCCCCGGCGGAUACGUCUACACGGCCGAGGAGAAGGCGCGGUUCCGCUCCGACCCGGCCGCCUACCUGGCGUACCGCAAGGGGCUGGACAAGCAGCACUACGGGGCCGUCAACAACCAGUCGGCUCGGCUGGGCAGCGAGGACAACGAGAAGCUGCGCGCCAGCCUGCUGGCCACGAUGCUGCAGCGUCUCCGGGGCGACACCGCCUGGCUGGCCCGGCUGACGCCCGACUACGCACCCGGCUGUAAACGACUGACGCCGGCGCCGGGCUACCUCGAGGCCGUGGCCGGGCCCAAGGUCGAGUUCGUCGACAAGCCCAUCGUGCGCGCCACCCCGACCGGCCUGCAGACCGACGACGGCAACGUGCGCAACGUCGACGUCAUCAUCCUGGCCACCGGCUUCCAGCACGGCUUCUACCCGCGGUUUCCUACCGAGGUCGAGACCGGCGACGACCUGGCCCAGAUCUGGCGGCCCGACAGUGAGAUCGGCAUUGGCUACCCGGAGACCUACCUGGGCAUCAUGGCCCCGGACGCCCCCAACUACUUCUUCGUCCUGCAGGCCCAGGGGAACGCCGUGGGCGGCUCUGUCCCCUACCAGGCCGAGAUCUCCGCCACGUACAUUGCCCGCGUCAUUCGCAAGGCCCAGCAUCACGGCUACAAGACCAUCCGCCCGUCCGCCCAGGCCGCCCGUGACUUCAGCCUCGUGGUCGACCGCUACUUUGAACACUCGGUCGUCAAUAGCGGCUGCCGCACCUAUUUCAAGCUGGGCGGCAAGCCCGGCAAGGCUAGGAACGUCAUCGGCUUUCCCGCUUCCACCAGGCGGAGGCUGGAGGUUCUGUCCGAGCCGAGGUGGGAGGAUUUCGUCUUGGAGGAUUUCACCGGCUCGGUGUUGGGUGAUCGCCAGAGCGGGAGUCAGAGUCAGAGUCGGAGCCGGAGGCGGAGCCGGAGUCAGAGUCACCAUGAUACCACUGCCACUGCCACUGCUAGUCCUGACCCUGGUGAUGGUGAUGGUGAUGGUGAUGGUGAUGCCAAGCGACACAACCGUUUCCUGAGUUUCUGGGGCGAAGGAAGAUCCGUCCUGGACAAGAGCAAUGACCUGGAUGCCAUCACCGACUACCUGACGGAGAUCGGGAAGGUGGAUCUGCGCCGGUUACAUGAGCCGGCGGUGGUGGGCUAG